AUUGAUCAUUCAGAAAAUCGUUCACUCAUCAGUCAUUUUUCCCCGAUUUGCGAAUUGCAAGUAAAUGGAUGUGAGAAAGUCACAUUUCUAUCUUAAAAAUAAGCAUAAAACUCAGGUGUAAUAGUUUAAAGUUACAUCUUCCUACCUGAUAAAUCUCGAAGGGAAGCCAUGGCUGGAAGCGACGAGGUACCCGGUACCAUAUCUCAACAAGAUAAUAUUGAUGCAGCAGAGAUAUUCAAAAAUGAAGCGAAUGAAUAUUUUAAAAAACAAAACUACGACCGAGCUAUAGAUUUCUAUACCAAAGCAAUAGAGAAGAACCCGAAAAAUGCGGUAUACUAUGCAAAUAGGAGUAUUGCAAAUUUACGAUUGGAAAAUUUCGGGUAUGCACUGAGCGAUGCAUCACUAUCGAUCGAUCUAGACAAGACCUACACCAAGGCGUAUUACCGACGAGCUGCAUCGUAUAUGUCCUUAGGAAAGUACAAGUUAGCCCUAAAGGAUUUUGAAUAUGUCACCAAAGUUAGGCCACAUGAUCAGGAUGCGAAAAUGAAAUACAAUGAAUGCAACAAAAUAGUAAAAAAAAUUGCCUUCGAAAAAGCCAUAUCAGUGGACAAGAAGGAAAUAAACAUAGCGGACACGAUUAACCUGGAAACUAUGACCAUUGAAGAUGAAUAUGAAGGGCCCAGUCUGGAAGAUGGCAAAGUGACACUCAAGUUUGUCACCGAGCUGAUGGAGUACUACAAGGCACAGAAAAAGCUACACAAGAAAUACGCAUACAAAAUUCUGAUAGACGUGAAAGCAUAUCUACAAAACCAACCAUCUCUUGUGGAUAUCAAAGUGCCUGAUGAUGAAAAAUUCACAGUGUGCGGUGACAUACAUGGCCAGUUCUAUGAUCUCAUGAACAUCUUUGAUCUUAAUGGGUUACCAUCGGAGACUAAUCCGUAUCUAUUUAAUGGAGAUUUUGUGGACCGGGGGUCUUUCAGCGUGGAAUGCAUCUUCACACUGUUCAGCUUUAAGAUGCUGUAUCCCAAUCAUUUUUAUAUGUCACGAGGCAACCACGAAACCCUAGAUAUGAACCGCAUGUACGGAUUCCGGGGUGAGGUGACAUCUAAGUAUACAUCGCAGAUGGCCGACCUUUUCACCGAGGUGUACAACUGGCUGCCGCUAGCUCACUGCAUCAACAGCCGCGUACUUGUGAUGCACGGUGGCCUGUUCUCAAAGGAUGACGUCACUCUCGAGGACAUACGCAAUGUGGACAGGAAUAAACAACCUCCUGAGGACGGCAUUAUGUGCGAGCUACUAUGGUCAGACCCGCAGUUCAUGGCAGGUCGGGCUCCAUCGAAACGAGGUGUGGGAUGUCAGUUCGGACCCGACGUGACCGCCAACUUCCUGCAGAAGAACGGUUUAGACUACAUCAUACGCAGCCACGAGGUCAAGAACGAAGGCUACGAGAUCGCACACGAUGGGAAAUGUAUCACUGUAUUCUCGGCGCCCAAUUAUUGUGACACAAUGGGUAACCUCGGCGCUUUCAUCACAAUGAACGGCAAAGACCUGAAGCCCAAUUUCAGAUGCUACACAGCUGUGACCCACCCGGACGUCAAACCCAUGGCCUAUGCAAAUUCAUUUCUGAGUAUGCUGUGUCAAUGAUAUGAAUCAAACUUGCCGGCCAGCCCCGAUUCGGACCUCUUCCACGGGUGAAUCCGACUUGACCGGCAAUAAAAACCUUAAAAUAACCUCGUCUAAAAACCUAAAAGAAAAUAUCAUACACCGGGGCCACGGCUUUGUCUAUAGAUCGAUAGAUUAGUGCUACAAAAAAUUAAUUAAUGAUUUAAGAACAGGCAAAAAACUCUCAGCGGUGCGGGUUUAAAGGCGUAUUUUCAUUGCAAGGCGUAAAAUUCUUCAAUUGUUGCAAUUUUAUUACGACCCAGAAUUAACUUACAACUAUAUAAUCCUACAUCAUUAUCAUCACAACCAAAGCUACUUUCUGAUUACUUUGAUGGCUACGUUAGUGGCCUCUUUCUGUAAGAACCGGUUCAUAUUUAGGCAAAUAGAGUAACUGUAUACACGCAAUAGCAAAAAUCUAGUCGAGUGCUUGAUAACAUUUAAACAUGCGCACGCGCAAACACGUGAAAAUUAGAUUUUAGAUCUGUUAAAGUCAAAACUUCUUGGUUUUUCCAUAAGGAGGGUAUUAGUUAGGGAGGGUUAUGAACUGCUCCACGAUGUGUUGUGUUGGUAACAGGCAUGCCAUGCGACCUACAUUCAGGGCAUUAUUUCCUUCAGCGUUACGAGUAUAUUGUGGAAUAAAUUAUUGACCGCAUAAUUUCACAAGUCACUAGCCUGCAUGUUGGGUCUCCUCUUAAUUUUCGAACAGUGAAAAGACACUUUAAGACCUGUCGCUUGAUGCAUCGGCAAAAGCCGUGGCCCUACGGUUGAGAUCACCCGGUCUGCUCAGCUAUAGAGUUAUACAGUUCCUGGCAACCCCUUAGGCAUAUAUUUCAUCAGUUGUUACAUUUUCUAAGGCACUGCGUCAAACAGCAUCAAUGAUAUCUCUACAGCUGGGUCGGGUAGACUAUUUCCCAGUAAUGACAAUUCCAAAAAAAAAUAAUUGAUGGUUAACUGUUUUCCAACAAUACAAAAGUAUAAACUGUCAAAAAGAAAAAUGAACUCGUCGAAUUUAAAGUAAAUGUAUAGUUUCACAAACGGUUUGUGAUGAACUAGUUUUGGGUUCGAUAAUUUCCUUAACUGCAAAUUGGAAUACAUAGUAUGUAGAAAUUGUACUUGAUUGAUUUGUACCACUAUAAUAAUUUGGUACAAAGUUACCGAGAACACAAAAGUACGUAAGCUCAUGAAACUUAUCCACGUUUAGUGCCGCUUCAUUCGUGACCGAUACAGUAAAACCUCAAGGUAUUUGAGUGUUUUCAAAAUAACAGGUGCGAAAUCCAAAAAUUGUCGUUUUCACUAGUUUUAAGUGUACACGCACUAGAAUUAGUUUAAUAAUUUCCAUAGUUCAAUAACGUUCCAACAAUACAAAUAUACCAGUAUUGUUUAUCUAGUAUGUAUUUCUGAAAUUGAAUAACUUUUUUCCAAUUUUGGAAUGCCUAGUUAAUUAUGAUUUACGAGUACAAGCAUCAAUUAUUAAAUUUUUUACCUAAAAAUUAAUUAAUAAAAAUAUUUCCUACAAUACAAAAGCCUUUUUUAUAUGAAUUGUGAAACUCCAGUUUAAAAAGUGGUUGAUAAAUAAUUAGUUAAAAAAGCAUGAGUGAAUAGAAAAUGUUAAUACUCUGCAGAAAAAAAAACAAUUACACAAAAAUAAUUUUAAAAUAAACCUAAACAAAUGUAGUGACUACUGCUAAAUAAUAAUAAAUCUUUUUAUAUUGUACAUGAAUGCAUUUUUACUCUGUAUUUAGAAUCUAGUGUUGCCAUUACUUAGUUUUAUAUUUUUAUGUUGCAAUAAACUGUUGAAAUUUAAAUAUU